AUGCUGUUCGUCGACAAGUACAGACCCAAAGCGCUCUCAGAGCUGCACUACCACCAGGACCUCUCCAAACGACUCUCCUCGCUAGCAGACCAUGAAGACUUCCCGCAUAUCCUCAUGUACGGCCCCUCGGGAGCAGGCAAAAAGACACGCAUCGCCUGCCUCCUGCGCGAGCUCUAUGGACCCGGAACGUACAAGCUCAAGAUCGACCAACGAGUCUUUGUCACGCCAUCGAAUCGCAAGAUCGACGUCAACAUCGUCUCCUCCAACUAUCAUAUCGAAUUGACCCCUUCCGAUGCGGGCAACUACGACCGACUCGUGAUCCAGGAUAUCCUCAAGGAAAUUGCGCAGACGCAGAACGUCGAUCUCAAUGCCAAGCAUAGGUUCAAGGUGGUCGUCAUCAACGAGGCCGAUUCGCUGAGUAGGGAUGCCCAGAGCGCUUUGAGGAGGACCAUGGAGAAGUACAUGGGCAAUCUCAGGCUGGUGCUGUGUGCAACGAGCACGAGUAAGAUCAUCGGUCCCAUCCGAUCGCGUUGUCUGUUGCUCAGAGUAGGAGCGCCAACGGAUGAAGAGAUCAAGACGGUCCUCACGCACGUAGCGAAGAAAGAACGAUUCAGCAUCCCCGACACAAUCCAAACCCAGAUCUGCGACGACUGCAACGGCAACCUCCGUAAGGCCAUGCUCGUCCUCGAAGCGCUCCGCAUGCAGUCCCCCGACCUCUCCGGCGGCAUCGGCAUCGCCAAACCCGACUGGGAGAUCUACAUCGCCAAGACCGCCGACCUGAUCCUGAGCGAUCCUUCUCCACACAACCUGCUCGCCGUCCGCUCCAAGCUGUACGAGCUGCUCGUCCACGCUAUCCCACCGACGCUCAUUCUCAAGCACCUGACCGACAACCUAGUGAAAAAGGUCGACGCGCAGGUCAAAACGGCCAUCGUGCAGAAGGCGGCAUUCUACGAGUUAAGGACACGGACGGGUUCCAAGGUUAUUUUCCACCUCGAGGCGUUUGUGGCGGCGGUGAUGCAUAUUCAGAAGAGCUUCUUGCUCGGCAUGACUUGGGAUGAUUGA